AUCACCAACGUCUUCCUGCGUCACCCGGCAAGAUGGCAGCGGACACGCAGGUUACAGAUACACUCAAGAAGUUUGCUGUGAAGGUGACCACAGCCAGUCUCAAUGAGCGCAAGGAGAUUUGUGAGGAGCUCAGGCAAUGCCUAAAAGGAAAAACAUUACCAGAACCGGCUAUCAAAGGACUGUGCAAACUCUUCUGCCUCACACCACACAGAUACCGGGAUGCAGUGUCCCGUAGAGAGCUCCUGUCUGUUAUUGCGCUGUUGGCCGAGAGUCAACCGGACAUUCUUGUUACCAACCUCCUCCAGUGGCUGCUCAACAGUGGAGUGGUGAAUGUAAACGGUGAUCCCAGUAAAAGCUCAGGCUCGUCUGCUUUUGUUGGCCUUUCCUGGACCUGCCUAUUAGUGCACAAUGUAUUUUCAACUCCAGAGAAAAGAGAAGGGACUAUUUGGAAGAAAAUGGUGGAGGUUCAAAGUCUUCUUGUGGCUGAAGUGCUUGGUGGGGCAAAAUCCACGGCUCAGAAAUCAAGCUUAAAGAAACUCUGUCACCUCUGGGAACAAUACCCUGGCCUUGUGGAUAAAUAUAUCUCCACUUUGUUGAGAAUGGAUCAGAGCCCCACCACAAUGGUAAUGCUCGGAGUAUGUCUGGACUUCUGUAGUGCCAAGAAAGAUAUCGCUACAAUAGAAAAACAUAAGAGUGCAAUGUUGGACCUGUACAUAAAGUCUGUGCUGAUGAGUAAGACCAAACCCCAACAGCAUGUCCUGGACAAGAGUGGCUCUCUGCUGCGUCACGUCUCUCACUCUGAGUUCAAAGACCUGCUGCUGCCCACUGUUCAAAAGACCAUGCUCCGCAGUCCAGAAAAUGCCAUGCAGACCAUCUCCUGCCUGUUGUCCAGUGUAACUCUUGACCUUAGCCAGUAUGCCAUGGAUAUUGGAAAAGCCAUUGCAAGUCAGAUGAAGGCAAACAAUCCUCGUCUGAUGGAAGAGGCUGUUGAAGCGAUGCAGAACCUGGCUCAACAGUGCAGUGAUGCCACCGCUGUUCAGGACAUCGUUACACACCUUUUCAAAAUCCUUGGAGGCUCUGAAGGGAAGCUCACUGUUGUGGCCCAAAAAAUGAGUGUAUUGUCAGGUAUUGGCAGCUGCAGUCAUCACGCUGUGUCAGGAACCUCCAGCCAGACUCUCAGCUCUGCAGUCACCGCUAUGUUCAUCCCUUAUUUACAACAAGAAGUUCAUGAGGGCACUCUGGUCCAUGCAGUCUCUGUGCUGUCACAGUGGAGCAGCAGGCUCACUGUGGAGGUGCCUUCUGCUCUGUUGGAAUGGUUAAAGAAAGCCUUCACCCUAAAGACCUCCACCUCCCCUGUCCGUCAGGCCUAUCUUCAGACCAUGCUUGGGGCCUUCAAAGGUGACACUCUGGCUCAGGCUGCAGACCUGGUGCCGUUGCUUUUACAAACGGUUGAGAAAGCUGCUGCACAAAGCUCCCAGACUGCUCUCCUCGCAGAGGGAACCGCAGCCUCAGUGUUACUAUGUCGAUUGAGCCUGUUAGACUCACAGCCAGAGACAAAGUUUGCAAACUUCUGGAAGCUCAUCUUGGAUGAGAAAAAUCCGCUGUUCACAACAGAGAAAUUUCUCUCCCAGGCAAAUGAUGAAACUCUGUGCACAGUGCUGCAGCUCUGCGAAAGACUCUUCUUGGACCACGCACAUCGCCUAAACAACAGCAAAUCCAAGAUGUACCACUCUGCUACAGUAGCUGUGCUCUUGUCCCGGUCGUGGCGGGUGAGGAAGCGGGCUCAGCAGACUGUGAAGAAAUUGCUGUCAUCUUUGGGAGGCUCUAGUUUGGCCCUUGGGCUGCUCGGAGAACUGCGAGCGGUCAUCAACAAACACAAGGUUUUACCCUUGGACGCCCUGGUAUCCGAGUCGGGAGAGUUGACUGAACUGGGUCGCAGUUAUGUUCCUCCUCGUGUUUUACUGGAUGCCCUCUGCACCAUCUGCUGCUCUGCGGGGCAAUGGGGUGACCCAAACGAAGCCCAAAAUCUGGCCAUGGAGACGGUGAUAAUCAGCCACCACCCAUCAAUUGUUGAAGCCCGACGUGGUCUGUGGCCGGUGCUUUUGUCCUCCAUGAAUGUCAAAGCUGAAGACUUUAUUGAGAGAAAUCUGGAUGCUCUUCUCCCUCAUCUCUUGGAUGUCAAUGCUGACAACCAGGCUGUUAAGAACGCAGUUGGUGCCCUUUCCAGCUUGUCUCCAAAUAAGCUGUUGCCACGGGUGAUUGGUCAUGUGAUUGAGGGAUUUUCACGACCUGCACUCCUCCAGGUGACACGAGACGAGUACGGGACCAUGCUCACCCCUGUGGGAGAGCUGUACGACAAGAGCAUCAUACAAAGUGCCAAACAGGAAGUGAAGAAUAAAAAUAUAAAGAGGGAAAACAAAGCCUACUCCUUCAAAGAGCAAAUCAUUGAAAUGGAGAUUGAAGAGGAAAUCAAGAAAAAGAAAGGAAUCAAAGAUGAAGUUCAGCUAACAGCCAAACAGAAGGAGAUGGUCCAGGCUCAACUUGAGAAGGAGGCUUCAAUCCGUAAAAGACUCCAAGAGAUGGAUGUGGAGUUGCAGAGCGUAGUGGGUCUUCUUGGGGCAGUUCUCAAAGAGGGCCCUGCUCUGAUCACACAGGAGCUACCCAGUGUCCUCCAGGUCCUAAUGCCCCUCCUCCAGUCUCCUCUCGCUGCACCUCGGAUCAAACAGGUGUUUCUCUCCAUCGGAGUCUGCCUCAUGCCUAAACACCUCCACAAUCUGGCUGUGCUUGUUGGUCAUGUGACUCUCCGACUGCUGAAACCUGAAUGUGAUUUGGAUGAGGCCUGGACUCAAGAGGACUUGGACACGGCUGGUCAUCGCACUGUGCUACUGCUUCACCAGCACACUGUCCAGCAGCGGGAGGGCAAGACUGCUGAUGUGGGCCCUCUGUCUGCACCUGCCUUUUGCUACUGCUUUCCACUCCUGAACGCCACGCUCAAAGAAUCUUCAGGAAGCACCGAGGAGGCUGAGGCAAUGAUGAUCCAAGCCUUACAGGUCAUCAACCAACACUGCCAGCUCCGUGCCAGUACUGAGGCAGAUGACAUGCUCAUUGAUGAGAAUGGGCCAGAGCUGCUUCCACGUGUCAACAUGCUAGUGCUCCUGACCAGGAUUAUUUCUACAGCUACGCCAAGACUCCAGGUGUUGGCAUCCCAGUGCUUGACAGCCCUGUGUGCCAGUGCAGGAGGAGGGGAGGGGUGCACUGUGGCGGAGCAGCCAGAGAUCGAUGUCCUGCUCAAUGCUCUACUAUCACCAUGUUUCUCUGUGCGGGACGCUGCUCUUAGGGGCCUGUUGGAGAUGGAGUUUGCACUGCCCACCGACAGUGCUGAGCCCAGUGGCAUGAGUCUACUGCGCAGACUUUGGGUUGCCAGGUUUGAUGUGGAGGAGGAAGGAAGAAGCCUGGCUGAAAAGUUGUGGGAGUCUCUUGGUCUGGAAUUGGUGCCUGAACUGUGUGCUUUGUUGAUCGGUGACGUCACUCACCAUGAGGAGGUUGUUCGAUUAGCUGCAGCUGAAGCUCUGUCCUCUGCAAUUUCCCAAUACAAAGACCAGUCUGCCACAGUACUCAGCCAGCUCACUGAGCUGUACCAGCAAAAGCUAUAUAGACCACCCCCUGUUCUUGAUGGCCUUGGAAGGGUCAUUUCAGAAUCUCCACCUGAUCAAUGGGAGGCCAGGUGUGGUAUUGCUCUGGCCCUGAACAAACUGUCGGAGUACCUAGACGAGUCACAGAUCACUCCGCUCUUCCUCUUUUUUGUGCCUGAUGCACUAAACGAUCGCCAUGCUGAUGUACGCCGCUGCAUGUUGGACGCGGCUCUCUCUGCCCUCAAUACACAUGGAAAGGACAAUGUCAGCUCCCUUCUGCCCGUGUUUGAGGAGUUUUUGAAGAACGCCCCUCAGGAUGCCAGUUACGACUCGGUCCGUCAGAGCGUGGUCAUCCUCAUGGGCUCUCUGGCUAAACAUCUGGACAAGAACGAUCCCAAAGUCAAACCCAUCAUGGCCAAACUCAUCACCGCCCUGUCCACUCCCUCACAGCAGGUCCAAGAGUCUGUUGCCAGCUGUCUGCCUCCCCUUGUCCCUGCCAUCAAAGAGGAUGCAGCUGGGAUCGUGAGGAACCUGCUGCAGCUGCUGUUGGAGAGUGAUAAAUAUGCCGAGAGGAAGGGGGCGGCCUAUGGUUUGGCUGGACUGGUCAAAGGUCUUGGGAUCCUGGCCCUAAAACAACAGGACAUCAUGACCACGCUGACCGAUGCCAUCCAGGACAAGAAGAACUUCAGACGCAGAGAAGGUGCUCUGUUUGCCUUUGAGAUGCUGUGUAACAUGUUGGGGAAGUUAUUUGAACCAUAUGUCGUCCAUGUUCUGCCUCAUCUCCUGCUCUGCUUUGGAGAUGGUAACCAGUAUGUCAGAGAGGCCGCAGAUGACUGUGCCAAAGCUGUUAUGAGGAAUCUGAGUGCUCAUGGAGUGAAGCUGGUGCUGCCAUCUCUGCUCGUGGCUCUGGAGGAGGAGUCAUGGAGAACUAAAGCAGGUUCUGUGGAGUUGCUGGGUGCCAUGGCAUUCUGUGCUCCUAAGCAGUUGUCCUCAUGCCUGCCGAGCAUCGUGCCAAAGCUGACAGAGGUCCUGACGGAUUCUCAUGUGAAAGUCCAAAAGGCCGGACAACAGGCUUUGAGGCAGAUCGGCUCCGUCAUCCGCAACCCUGAAAUCCUGGCCAUCACCCCCAUUCUCCUGGACGCUCUCACAGACCCAUCCAGAAAGACCCAGACAUGUCUUCAGACGCUGCUAGACACUAAGUUUGUCCACUUCAUCGACGCGCCCUCCCUCGCGCUGAUCAUGCCCAUUGUGCAGAGGGCCUUCCAGGACAGAUCCACAGACACUCGCAAGAUGGCCGCACAGAUCAUUGGCAACAUGUACUCCCUCACAGACCAGAAGGAUCUGUCACCCUAUCUUCCAAGUGUCAUUCCUGGACUCAAAACUUCUCUAUUGGAUCCAGUGCCAGAGGUACGUACAGUAUCGGCCAAGGCCCUGGGAGCCAUGGUGAAGGGGAUGGGAGAGUCCUGCUUCGAUGACCUGCUGCCCUGGCUCAUGGAGACCUUAGCUUCUGAACAGAGCUCUGUGGACCGCUCUGGAGCUGCUCAAGGUUUGGCAGAGGUGAUGGCUGGCCUGGGUGUGGAGAAGCUAGAUAAGCUGAUGCCGGACGUGGUACAAACAGCCAGUAAAUUGGACAUCGCUUCCCAUGUCAGAGAUGGAUACAUUAUGAUGUUUAUCUACCUCCCCCUCACCUUUGGAGACAAGUUCACUCCUUACGUGGGGCCCAUCAUUCCAUGUAUCCUCAAGGCUCUGGCAGAUGAGAAUGAAUACGUGAGAGACACGGCACUUAGAGCAGGACAGAGGAUCAUCAGUAUGUACGCCGAGACCGCUAUCGCUCUGCUGCUGCCCGAGCUCGAGCAGGGCCUGUUCGAUGACCUUUGGAGAAUUAGGUUCAGCUCAGUGCAGCUUCUUGGUGAUCUUCUGUUCCACAUUUCUGGAGUCACUGGAAAAAUGACCACAGAAACUGCCUCAGAGGAUGACAACUUUGGGACUGCAGCAUCCAACAAAGCCAUCAUCAGUGCACUGGGGGCGGAGAGGCGUAAUCGAGUCCUCUCUGGUCUCUACAUGGGACGCUCCGACACUCAGUUGGUGGUGCGACAGGCUUCACUUCACGUUUGGAAAAUUGUGGUCUCCAACACUCCCAGGACCCUCAGAGAAAUCCUCCCCACGCUAUUCACUCUUCUGCUGGGCUUCCUGGCUUCCACCUGCCCAGACAAGAGAACGAUUGCUGCCCGGACCCUUGGAGAUCUUGUGAGGAAACUGGGAGAAAAAAUUCUUCCAGAGAUUAUUCCUAUUCUGGAGGACGGACUGCGCUCUGACAAAAGUGACGAGAGGCAGGGAGUCUGCAUCGGCCUUAGUGAGAUCAUGAAGUCCACCAGCAAAGACGCGGUGUUGGUGUUCUCUGAGUCCCUGGUCCCCACGGUAAGAAAGGCCCUGUGUGACCCCCUGGAGGAGGUCAGAGAGGCUGCAGCCAAAACCUUUGAGCAACUGCACGCAACCAUUGGCCACCAAGCUCUGGAUGACAUCCUGCCCAUGCUGCUCAAACAACUGGAUGAUGAGGAGACAGCAGACUUUGCACUGGAUGGACUGAAGCAGGUUAUGGCGGUGAAGAGCCGUUCAGUUCUGCCUUAUCUCGUCCCAAAACUGACUGCUCCUCCUGUAAACACACGAGUACUGGCCUUCCUAUCUGCUGUGGCUGGAGAUGCUCUGACACGCCAUCUAGGGGUCAUCUUGCCUGCACUGCUCUCCUCACUCAAAGAAAAACUGGGGACAGAGGAAGAGGCCCAGGAGCUGCUCAGUGCCCAGACUGUGAUCUUGUCGGUGGAGGAUGAAGUGGGACAGAGGAUCAUCAUUGAGGACCUCCUGGAGGCGACUCGCGGUCCGGACCCUGGGCUCAGACAGGCAGCGGUCACAAUACUAAAUGCCUACUUUGCCCGCACCCGCCUGGACUACAGUUCCCAUGUCCGGACCCUCCUCUCAGGACUCAUCAGACUCCUCAACGACACCAACCCAGAGGUCCUGUCUCAGAGCUGGGACACGAUCAACUCCAUCACCAAGAAACUGGAUGCGAGUAGCCAGUUGUCUCUGAUAGAUGAUCUCCACAGAGACAUUAGAUCAGCAGCUGCAGAUGUGAAGGGCCAGCAUCUGCCUGGAUUCUGCCUUCCCAAGAAGGGGGUGACCUGUAUCCUGCCUGUGCUGAGAGAGGGCGUUCUGACCGGCAGCCCGGAGCAGAAAGAGGAGGCGGCCAAAGCACUGGGAGGGGUCAUUAAACUGACCUCCCCUGAAGCCCUGCGCCCCUCUGUGGUCAAUAUCACCGGACCGCUCAUCAGGAUUUUAGGAGAUCGAUUUGCCUGGACUGUCAAGACUGCUCUGCUGGAGACACUCACUCUACUACUGGCCAAGGUGGGAAUAGCCCUGAAGCCUUUCCUACCUCAACUCCAGACCACCUUUCUGAAGGCCCUCCAGGACUCGAGCCGUGCGGUCCGUCUCCGAGCAGCAGAAGCCCUGGGACAGCUAGUCUCCAUCCACACCAAAGUGGACCCCCUGUUCACAGAGCAGCUUGCAGCCAUUAGGAACGCUGAGGAUGCUGGAGUCAGGGAGACCAUGCUUCAAGCUUUAAGAUUUGUGAUUCAAGGGGCCGGUUCCAAGGUGGACCCAGCUAUCCGCAAGAACAUCACCACAACAUUACUGGGCAUGUUGGGACAUGACGAGGAUAACACUCGAAUGGCCUCCGCAGGCUGUGUGGGCGAACUUUGUGCCUUCCUCUCAGACGAUGAGCUGAAAACAGUGUUAACGCAGCACGUAUUGGCUGAUGUGUCUGGCGUGGACUGGAUGGUGCGUCACGGUCGAAGCAUGGCCCUAGCUAUUGCUGUAAAAUCUGCUCCAGAGAAACUGUGCGCAAAGGAGUACAAUGACACCGUGACAGAGACCAUUUUGGCCAAUGCCACUGCAGACCGGAUCCCCAUAGCGACCAGUGGCAUCCGGGCACUGGGGUUCCUCGUCAGACACCAGCUCCGAUCCGAGGGUGACAGCAGCAUCUCACAAAGAAUCAUUACACAGUUUGUCAAGUGUCUUCAGAAUCAGUCCAGUGACAUCAGGCUGGUGGCAGAGCGGGUGCUGUGGUGGGUGUUCAAGGAUCCAGCUAUCCCCGCGAUGGAGGCAGGACUUAUGAAACCUCUGAUCAAGACUCUGCUAGAUAACACAAAGGACAAAAACACCACUGUCCGGGCACAGAGCGAACACACAAUUGUCAAUCUGCUACGGUUAAGACAAGGGGACGAAACUAUGCAGACUAUCACUGCUAUCCUGGACUCCGCGAGUAAUGACCUGUUGUCUGAGUGCCAUCGGCGAUCUUUAAAGAAAAUCUCCAGCCUCCCAGACUCCAAUGAAGAAAUUGACGACACCAUUUUAACAUGAUAGACUAUUCUCUGCUUUAUUCAAAGUGGCUACACCCACAAAUCUUCACUGUAUGAGGACACCCAAACAUCUCCCUUCAAAAGCCCAAAAUAAUUUGCCAACAUUUUUGAAUAUACCUUUGUGUCACUUUGAAUCAUUAUUUUAUUGGCCCAUUUUACUAGGAAAGUUUUUGUUUUACCCCUACAUAUUAUAUUGUGUGCUAUCAAAAUCACAAGGCCAAUCAUUUGAAUUUUGUGUUGUCGUUCAUUUUACCAAAUUUAGUGAGUUUGUGAACUGUCAAGCUGAGCUCAGUUCUGUAUUUUACUUCUGCCAAAUUUCCUAGGGAUGUGGUGAGAUCUGUUUGGGCUACAGCAACCUCUAUAUAAGAAUAUGUUCUUAUCAGUGAUAUGGUUGUAAAAUAAAAAGGUGAUUUUCA